AUGCAGAAUGGAAUGCAUUUAAUCAAUCUGUAAGCAGAGAUGUAUUUUUUUUAGGCAAUUCAUUUUGAUAUCUAUGAAAUUUUGGCCAAAUUUUCGUUUCCCAGCGCGUUAUUCUAUACAUGCAUGUUCGUGAGUUAGGUGAUGUUGAGCAUCACUAUCCGCUGUUAUUGCGAAUACUAAUUGUGAAUAAGGUGGCAAGAUUUCUUGACACUGAUCAAGUACUUUUAUUCGUCUUGCGAAACUUUGAAUACCGUUAUAACGAGAUUACUAUUAUUAUUGCAUACGCACAUGUCUUUUCAUUCACGAAACUUUUAUUUAAAACGUAUCUUUUUCCGAUAGUUCGGAAUGAAUUAGCUUCCAUGAUAGGUUUUUUCCUUAAGUAUUAUUUCAUAGUUAAGUAUAAUUCUUAAGUAUUAUUUUACUUGUUUCAUUGUUGGAAGAACAAUGGGCAUUUUUACGUAAAUACGAUUUCAGCUACGCAUAGACAAAAGUGUGUGGUACUCUUAUUAUUGUUAGUGAUCAAACUAUAUAGAACCUUAUAAAAUUAUAAAACACGGAGAAGUUCAAUUAUUAAUGUCUUUAGUUAUUAUAAUGGAUUGCAAGAAUAAAUUUGCUAAGAGAAAAACCAGAUUAUUUGUAUUUAUAGAGAAUUUAUUUAAAGAUAUGUAUUUUUUUACAAAGAUAACAAUUAUAAGAUAAUCUUACUCAAAUACAAAAAGAUGUUGGAUAUCAUGUUUCGUAUGAGCAAUCACGCGAUGAAGAAGUAUACUUCACAAGCAACAAGAUACACAUGCACGAUGCGCAAGUGUUAGCUGAGGAAAUUACGGAGGUGUGGUAUAACAUUCUUUGUGCAUUCCUUAACAGCCUCAUUAUUGGACGACAGUAUUAUGAAGAUUAACAUUAUGGCUUUUUCAACUAUUAUCGUUAAGAUCAUGGCGCCUUAUCAAGGCUAA